AUCCUGAGAUAUUCUGAAAUUCCUUCCAUUUACUCGGCGAAACUGUACGUGACAUCUUUAACAAAGUAGUAAAAUUAUAAAUCGCAAAUUCACCAAUUGUCCAACACCGGGAAACGCUAAUUUAUCCAACAAUUGAAGCAGUCAAAGCCUUUAAAAAGUGCUCGGAUUAGGUCUAUUAGCCUUGACAAGGAUUAGUUCAAUCUGCAAUGAAAUAGUCAAUUGGAGCUGGUCAGUCAAUUCACCUUCGUUGGAAAUUCUCUCAGUGCUUUAUGAUAAACUCCGGGAGCAUAAGAUUAUUUCCACUGGGAUAAAUUAUUAGGGCACAUUAUGCACUGGUAGUAAUGGAGUUUAACACAGAGGCGAAAGCCAUGGGCCGGGUUUUGUUCGACCAGGUCUGCAAACAAUUACAUCUACUAGAAGCGGACUACUUUGGACUAGAGUAUCAGGAACCGAACGGAACAAAGUACUGGUUAGAUCUGGAGAAACCAGUAUGCAGACAAGUUGGUCUAUCCCUGGUAGAUCCUCUCCUAAGAUUCUGCGUAAAAUUCUACACACCCGAUCCGGGCCAACUUGAGGAGGAAUUCACUAGAUACUUGUUUUGCUUGCAAAUCAAGCGAGACUUGUCCCAGGGAUAUCUACAGUGCAACGAUAAUACCGCUGCGCUGAUGGCGAGUUAUAUAGUGCAGGCCGAAUGCGGCGAUUACGUCAUCGAAGAUUACCCAGACCACACGUAUUUAUCUACGUACAAAUUUGUACCGCAUCAGGAUCAGGAACUCGAGCGACGAAUUAUGGAAAAUCAUAAAAAACAUGCGGGUCAGUCUCCUGCAGAGGCUGAUUUAAAUCUCUUGGAGACAGCGCGACGGUGUGAAUUGUACGGAAUGAAAAUGCAUCCCGCUAAGGAUCACGAGGGAGUUCCACUGAAUUUAGCAGUGGCACACAUGGGCAUUAUAGUCUUUCAACAUUACACAAAGAUAAAUACAUUUAGCUGGGCUAAAAUACGUAAAAUAAGUUUUAAACGAAAACGAUUCUUAAUCAAAUUACACCCCGAGGGAUACGGGUAUUAUAAGGAUACUGUGGAAUUUUUCUUCGAAGGAAGAAACGAAUGCAAGAAUUUUUGGAAAAAAUGCGUGGAAAAUCAUGGUUUCUUCCGGUGUUCAGUUGUUAAACGAGUCAUCAGACAGAAAACCAGGGUUCUCAGCCGAGGUUCAUCGUUCAGGUAUAGUGGAAAAACGCAAAAGCAGAUAGUCGAGUUCGUCCGUGAUAACUACGUGAAACGCCAAACAUUUCAAAGGUCCAAUUCGUUCCGGCAGACUAGCGGUGGUAGGGCAUUGCAGGGCUCGGAGGGGGGAGGUUAUCGUGGCGCCACCCCAAGCAGCUCGCUUAUGGGCAGCUCCAGCAUCUCUGCCCACCCCCUCCUGCCUCUUGGCGACCCUGCACUGGGAACCCCGGCACUGUCUCUGUCAUGCGGUUCGAUGACACUGGAUUCUCCGACGACUGUGACGAGUGUCUCGAUGGGGGGGACGAGUCACCGUCGAGACGACACAGCUAUGUCUUAUCGGACGCUCACCUCUAUAGACGUCCAUUCACCAGCUACCCCCAAUCAAGCACAAUCACAUCGUCAUACUAUGGGUGCACAUCAUCAACAGCAACAGCAGCAGCAACAGCAGCAGCAGCAGCAGCAGCAACAACGGAUAACAUCGUCAACAGAUGGGGAUGAAGUCGACAAGAAUGACGAAAAUACGUCAAAAGCCGACAACAACAAUUCGUUCUACAUAAAGGGACAACCCGAGAAGGUACAAAAUAAAAUUGGGGGGAUAAACGUCAACGUUAAUGUGAUAAAGACACCGGAUUUGAGUCCAGAAAAACACAUAAAAAAUGGAGACGUAGAGGACUUGGAAAUAAGGAAGACCAAACGAUGGCCUACCGACAAAGCUUAUUACAUUGCCAAAGAGCUUCUCAUGACGGAGAGAACAUAUAAGAAGGAUUUGGAUGUUAUAAAUGUUUGGUUUCGCGAAGAAGUAUCAAGAGAGUCAGAUCUUGAUGGUGAGCCCGCUGUGGGUCUGAUAGAAUUACUCGCUGAUGCUCAUGGGCCAUGGCUUCAAGAAAUGGAAGCACGUCUAGCCCGCUGGGAGAGUAAUGCACGUCACAAUAUCGGUGAUUUUCUCUACAAUACACUUCUCAACGUUCUACCACUUUACGAUCAGUACUUGGAGAAUUUAAUACCGGUACUAGAGAAAAUGGAGUAUUCAAUGCGUACGUCACGGAGAUUCGAUCAAUUGUGUCGGGAUUUCGAGUCACAGAAGUACUGCUAUUUACCACUAACAUCAUUCCUGCUGAAACCACUCCAACGAUUGCUGCAUUAUAACAGUAUUAUUGAUAGACUAUUAGAUCACUAUCCAAAGGAUCACACGGAUUUUGAGGAUUGCCUAGCAGCAAGGGAUAGACUUGGAGAAACACUUCUUGAAGGGCUUACUGUAUUGAAUCAGGCAGAGAAUCUCGUCCAACUCUGUGAACUGCAGCGAGAUAUCAGUGGCUUUGAUAAUUUAGUGCAAGAGGGACGAAGAUUCAUCAGGCAAGGAUGUUUGCAGAAAUACAGUCACAAGGGAUUUCAACAAAGGAUGUUCUUCCUAUUCUCCGACAUUUUACUCUACACAUUCCGAACUCAGCAACCCACUCAGUGUUUCCGUGUCCAUGGUCAACUUCCCCUGAAGGGAGUGACGAUACAGGACGGUGACAAUAAGACAGGAACGGACUUUGUCUUCGUGAUCCAUGGUCAAGGGAACCAAUCAUUGACAGUGGCUGCUAGCAGUGAGGAGGAAAAAGAACGAUGGUUGGAGGAUCUCAAUAUGGCUAUUGCCCAAAUGGAGAACGAGAGCAAGACACCCUACUUGACCGUAAAAUCAUGCAUUUUAGGUUCUGUCGAUGAGCUUGGCGGUGCUAUCGACUUAGACCGUACCAGUUGUGGUGGUGCAAAAGACUCUCAGAGAAGUAAUACAACAGUCCAUGUGUGUUGGCACAGAAAUACAAGUAUCAGCUACAGCGAUCAACUGCGAGCUUUCCAAAAUCAGCUGAGUGGUUUUCUACUGCGUAAAUUCAAAAACAGUAAUGGUUGGCAAAAGCUCUGGGUUGUAUUUACUAAUUUCUGCUUAUUCUUCUACAAAUCACAUCAGGAUGAUUUUCCACUUGCAAGUCUACCAUUACUUGGUUAUACUGUAUCAACGCCAACUGAGAAGGAUGGAAUCAACAAGGACUUUGUUUUCAAACUACAAUUCAAAAAUCAUGUCUAUUUCUUCAGGGCCGAGAGUGACUUUACAUUUGGCAGAUGGAUGGAAGUAAUAAGGAGUGCCACGCAGCAGAGUCACAUUCCCAUUAAUUUUAAUCGAAACGAGAAGUAUUAAUGCAAUAACAGUGAGGUCAACUGGAGUGCGCAUAUUAUAGCCUCUCACUCAUCGAAAAAUAUGUCGUACUUUUUGUUUAUUUAUCAGGUGUGUAAAUUUUCAAAUUCAAUAUCAUGAUUCAUGUCCAUCGUUGUUGAAUAUUCCAUAUGAUUCCGAGCAAUAGUGGGGGAAUAAAACAUUUAUCUGAUUGUCAUAGAAUACAAUACGAAAUUAACAAUCAAUUAUACUCAAUAUAAAAAGGGUUCUUAUAAAAUAUUGUCCAUCGUUUGCAGUUUAGAUGAUAUUCAGACAAAUGCAUUUAGCCUUCAUUUCCCCACUUUAUAAACAAAGUCUUCGUGUGAAGCAAAAAAUUCUAAAUGAAGUGAAUCAAAAAAAUUGCGGCCUUGAAUCUAUUAAGAGAAUCAAAUGAUCAAAGAAAGAGAAGUGAAAGAGAGACACCAACACUUUUAAAAAAAUUAUUGCUAGGAAAUUUUUUAUAUAAUAUUUGAUAAUUUCGUACGUUAGUCUAAUAACCUGAAUCCCGAGUGAUGUAUCGCAGGGUCAAUUGAGAAAUGUAUAUAUUUAUGAAUUUGACUAUAAUUGAACGAGAAAAAAAUUGCAAUGGGCGCAAUUGGAAUGUUUCGAUUUAUAAUUUGAUAAAUUUACUCAAUUUUCGCUAUGUGUUAAUAUGAGCGUUUAUAUGGGUUGUGUCUUCACUGGAGGACAAUAAUUUUGUUGUGAAUUUUAACAUAUUUUCAGGUGUUGAUGAUUUUUAUAAAUAAGCAGGUGACGAGAAAAUUGUUUUUAAAUUUUUAUACAUUUUUGUCACUAUUUUGCAAAGAGUGUUGAUUAUUAUAUUAAUGGAAUUGCGAUGUUUUUUCAAUUAAAAUAUUAUACAUUAAAAGUAUCCAAGACUGCGAAUGGAAUUACAUAAAGACUUGACAUGAGAAUCAACAAUCAUAUGCAUAGCAUCAUGAAAGGGCAAUAACUUAUUGCAUUUUUUAUUCAUAUACAUAAAAGUUAUUUAUCCGCACAUAUUUACAAAAUGCAAAACAAGAGAUGAAGACGAAGAUGAGCAAUCAGUCAACGAAUAGUUAAAAAUAUUAUUGAAUUUUUUUUUUCAUUCUAUCUGUACUUCUUUGAAUGUAUGGGAGCCGAGAAGUAAAAAUAGAUUUUGUUUUGUAAUUUAGCCGAACAUUCUUUGGAAAUGUAUAGAUAUCAUACUGUUUACCUCUGUAGAAUGACGAGAAAUCUAAAUGGAACGAUGAAAUGACAGAGAAGUUUGAGCGAUGUUUUUCUUCUUCUUUAUUUACGUAAUCAUAAGAGACUUUACUUUCCUGUCCAUUGAACAAUAUAUUUAUAAUGGGAAUUAGAAAAAAAAACAAGAAUAAAUGUUAUCGUUUACCGGGAA